AUGAGGCCUGCAGCCCUUCUCAGAUGGAGUAUAUUUCUAUUAUUAUUUCUACUAGCAGCACAUGCGGUGAAGCCGGGCAAUGAACAGUUGGACAAGGCGGCUCAAAGGCGCGCUGAAGCUCUACACCACCUCGACACUGUCAUUCUACUCACCUUCAUCUCGGUGCUUAUCGUCAUCGUACUGACAGCAUGGUUCUUCAAACAUAACCGCUUCAGAUUCGUCCAUGAAAGUGGCCUCACGAUCGUCUAUGGUCUCAUGAUUGGCUGUGGGAUCAAGUACUUCAACAUUGGUCUCUGGAGAAGCACCACAAUUGAUGUUUUACCCUCCAACAAGUCAAGCCUAUAUGCUCCGCCAGAUUUUCUACGCCUGGAAGUAAGGGAAGAUACGAAAGCACAAGCCGUUUCCUUUCAUUACGAAUUGAUCGAGGGAUUCUAUGCCGACAAGAAGAAAACGAGCGAGCAGAAGAUUGAACAAAAAACAGCGUUUUCACCGGAAAUCUUUUUCAACAUACUACUGCCCCCAAUCAUUUUCAACGCCGGCUAUAGUUUGAAAAAGCGUAAUUUCUUCCGGAACAUUGGCAGCAUCUUGGCAUUUGUUUUCGUCGGGACAACAGUUUCGUGUUUAGUUACUGGAUUGUUACUAUCCAUGAUCACAAAAAUAUUUGGGAUGGGGUUCGCGUUACAGGAGUUGUUAGUCUUUGGCGCGUUGAUCUCGGCCACUGAUCCAGUGACUGUCCUUUCCGUUUUUUCGGAAAUGCGUGUGGAGCCGGACCUGUUCGCGCUUGUUUUUGGUGAAAGUGCGCUGAACGAUGCUGUCGCCAUCGUAUUGACAAACACAAUUGAUUCAUUUUCAAUGUCAACAGAAACAAUUGAUUUUGAUUCACUCUUGAGCGCUGCACUGAAUUUCCUUUAUGUGUUUUUCGGUUCUUUGAUCCUUGGAUCAAUCGUUGGCUGCUGUACAGCUCUCCUAACAAAACUGACCGCAAUUGCCGAUCAUCCGCUGCUGGAAACAGCUCUAUUCAUCCUCUUCUCAUAUGCUUCGUUCUUAUUGGCCGAAGUACUGCAUUUAACAGGAAUCGUGUCCGUGUUAUUCUGCGGUAUCUGCCAGGCCCAUUACACGUUCAAUAAUAUGAGCGAGGAGUCUAGAUCAACUACGAAGCAGUUUUUCCAUAUAAUAUCAUUCCUCUCCGAAUCGUUCAUCUUUUGCUACAUCGGAGUGUCGGUAUUCGUUUCAAAGAAUCAGAAAUGGAAUCUGCCAUUCUUACUGUUUUCCAUCUGUUCAAUCUGGAUAGCACGCGCCGUCUUCGUCUAUCCGCUGUGUGCCCUGUUGAAUAUCCGCCGGCGACCAAAGAUUCCAAUGAAUUAUCAGCACAUGAUCCUGUUCUCCGGCCUUCGUGGAGCCAUGGCUUUUGCGCUGGCGGAUCGAAAUACAGCGACUGAAGCUAAACAAGUGAUCUGUGCAACAACAGUAGCGAUUGUCAUUCUGACAGUACUCAUAAACGGUGGAGUUGCGAGCUGGAUGAUCGAUCGGCUGAAGAUUAAAUAUGGGGAUCAAGUAUCGCAGGAAGUAACCCUUCCGCGAAGUGAUUCGGUUGGUGAGGCCCGUGAAAUGAUCGAAGGGGCAACCUCAACGACACCCGGUCAAAAUCCUUGGGACAAAGCCUUCUUGCCGAGGAAGUGGUACAACUUUGAUGCAUGUUUCAUGAAACCACUUCUCACUCACGCAAACCCGUCGCUUUUGGACACAAUGCCCAAUUGCAUGCAUAGAAUUUCAUACUUUUUCACUUCCGAUAGACAACUCGCCAAUGAAGGCGUCUCUCCGCUG